UCAACCACCGGAAGUAAAGGAAAGAGACUGUGUAACGUAUUCGCACGCUCAAUGAGCUGCGUUUAUCACUGGCUAACAACAUGGAAACAGCAAUAAUCCUUACCAUGUUAAACGUCCAGCUGUGAACGAAAACGGUAGGAAGAUACGCUAUGCUAUAACCAUUCCACUCGUAUAUAUAUAAUGCAUGGGAGCCACGACCUGCGUACACACCAUGAAAGAGAGAAAUGAAAAGAGAGUAAGUGAGAGAGAGAUUAGAGAGGAAGAGAGGGCGUCGUUUUCGGAUAUAAAAAAAUACACCUAUUAUCAAGUCGGGAUUGCCAGGCCGUUUUCUCGCCGGAGAAGAGGAAACGCCGGACUGUUUGAUGACAAGGCUAAAUCAUCGCUGCCGGAUCGAGUUGCGGCCGCCAAACGUUGCUGUCGUGACGCCGUUUCGAUAGGGAGAAUUGGAGGAAGACCGCCUGGACUGGUGAAGCUCUCCGUUGGUUAUCCUUUUUUCGUCGGUGGUUCUAACUCGGGAAGCAACAUAACCGUGAUUAUUUAGAGACCGGAGUAGAAGAAGAGAAUUAGGAGCACCCGGACUAGAGGUGAGGAUGAUUUUGUCGAUUGAUGAUUGCUUGCAUGGCCCGAGAGCGAAUUAGUAGUCGCCUUAGUUAUACUAGUCAUGAAAUAAACAUUUACUUUACAAACACUUUAUUUUUAUUAAAUUAGUUGUUAUGUUUUAGUUGCCUGUGCAUCCGGUUGAGAGAUGACCGGAUGUGGCGGUAACACCCAUUUCCUAUUUUAGACUUUCGCUGUAUUUCUUUAACUCUUUGAUGAAUGAAUAAAGUAUUUCUUU